CUGCGCAUGCGUGCUUCGGUGGUGGCGGAGGUUUUGCUGAGGAGGCGAAAAUGGAGCGGAUGAAAGUGGUUCUCGGGCAUCUGAGCGGCUCCCGGCAACAGCGGCUCUGGGCGCCUUCCCCUUGCCGGGCCUCGCUAUCCGGCCCGGACGAUGUGGUGGUGGUGCACGGAAGACGGACCGCCAUCACCAAAAGCAAACGGGGCGGCUUCAAGGAAACUACACCAGACGAACUCCUGGCUGUGGUCAUGACUGCUGUCCUGAAUGAUGUAAAGCUAAACCCUGAGCAACUGGGCGAUAUCUGCGUGGGGAAUGUACUUCAACCUGGUGCUGGAGCCAUGAUAGCAAGAGUUGGGCAGUUUAUAAGUGGUAUCCCGGAGACUGUCCCAUUAUCAUGCGUUAACAGGCAGUGUUCAUCUGGAUUGCAAGCCCUGAUUAAUAUUGCAGGUGGCAUUAGAAAUGGCUCCUAUGAUAUUGGUUUGGCCUGUGGAGUGGAGAGCAUGUCUCUCCGCAGCGCUUCCAAUCCCGGGGACAUCAGCUCUCGCAUCAUGGACUUCAGCAAAGCAAGGGACUGCCUGAUCCCAAUGGGAAUAACUUCCGAGAAUGUGGCAGAAAGAUUUGGUAUCUCCAGAGAAAAGCAAGAUGCUUUUGCCCUUGCUUCUCAACAAAAAGCAACUCGAGCUCAGAAGUUGGGGUGGUUUAAAAAUGAGAUUGUCCCCGUGAAGACCACCUGCACCGAUGACCAGGGCACUGAGAAAACGAUCACUGUGCUGCAGGAUGAAGGGAUCAGGCCCAACACCUCGCUGGAGGGAUUGGCCAGGCUGAAGCCGGCCUUCCAGGAGAAUGGGACUACCACAGCUGGUAACUCCAGCCAAGUCAGUGACGGUGCUGCUGCGGUGCUGCUGGCCAGACGCUCCUCAGCUGCACGGCUGGGGCUUCCUGUCCUUGGGGUGCUGAAAUCGUACGCUGUGGUUGGAGUCCCACCAGAUGUUAUGGGCAUAGGGCCAGCCUAUGCUAUCCCAGCGGCAUUGAAAAAAGCCGGUUUGACAGUGAAUGAUAUCGAUGUGUUUGAAAUCAACGAGGCCUUUGCAAGUCAGGCUGUCUACUGCGUGGAGAAACUUGGCAUCCCCAUGGAGAAGGUGAACCCCCUGGGGGGCGCCAUUGCUUUGGGACAUCCUCUGGGGUGCACCGGGGCUCGGCAAGUUGUCACUUUGCUCAACGAACUGAAGCGCAGAGGAAAGAGAGGCUAUGGCGUGGUUUCAAUGUGCAUUGGCACCGGGAUGGGAGCAGCUGCGGUAUUUGAAUAUCCAGGGAAGUGAGCAGAACUUCAGGCUCAUCACACAACCUGCCCUCAAGGCCUGGAAAAUAACCCGCUAUCCGUCCUGAUGUGCAAUCCGGCUUCAUGACUGUUCGUUCGAUGGGAACCCUCCUCGGCGGGCAGAGCUUUUGAAGUCCGUUGCCACGGGAGUGAAUUUGGGAAACGGGGUGUAGCAAGGAUCUUUGGCUUCUGGUCUUUAAGGAAACCUAUUAAAAAUAGGUCCUUUUUGUAUGAAUUAAUCACUAGGGUGUGAGGGAUCUACCUGUCCGGUGGAGGUGGCUUGGGGUUGGCGGAGGGAGAUAGGGAUACCUGAGGAACUUGACUGAUCAGCAGUCUGAAAUAGAUAGAUUUAUCUGCAGUGCCGGGAUUAAUGUGCAAUUGGAACAGGGUGCUUUUCUCUCUCUCUCCCCCCCCCCUCAAGAAUCCUUACUCCAAUGAGUAAAUUCCCUAACGUAGCCAAUAUCCUGCUUUUGUGUGGAGGGGAGAAUAAUGAUUAUUAGAAUCAGCUAGAAAAUGGGGCGCCAGUCCACUUGGGAACAAUUAAAAAAAAAAACAUAGCACAGCAUUUAUUGCUGCUGGGCUCCCAUUUUCAAAGUUUUCUAGAAACUCAUAAGCUGUUAUUGCUGAUUUGGUUUCUUCUUUUUUCUCUCUCUCUCCUUAAAAUUACCUUAAGGUAAUUUUAGUUUAUCACACAUUAUUUUUGAAGAUGAACUGGGACCAGGUAUGGUUUUUUAAAAAAAGAAAAUAUUACUGUUACCAUGAAAAAUUAUUUUUAAAUCCUUAAAAGGAAAAGCAGCAAAAUAAGCAGGUUAAGAAAUCACACGAUUCAGCGGCUGGUCCUAGCAAGAAAUAGCUGGUAAUUGCUUUGCUGGUGUUCUAAGGAGCUAAACCAAUUCUUAAAAGAUGUUUUAAUCAACUAAUUAAAUUUCUGUUAAUGGAUUAAAUUACUUUAAUAAAGCCUUUGAAUGGUU